AUGAAUUCAAGGCUUUCUAAUUUAACGCCAAUUCGAUCCAGGGAAAAUAUCUUAAAGGAUGAAUAACAUGAACCACAUCAUUAAAGAAGAACGAAAAUAGUCUGCUCUAUAAAUGAAAAAACAUGUGAGAUCGAUAUAAUAAGAGAAAUGUUAAAAGCAGGAGCUAAUGCACUCAGUAUAAACACAGCUUACACUCAUGACAGAAGAUAAUAUGAGAAAUUAAAAAUGAUCAGAGACUAAUUGGAGUAAGAACUAGAUCAUACAAUCCCAAUUAAUAUGAUGCUUUAAGGAAAGAUAACUAGAAUAGGUCAUUUAAGAUAGCCAGAAAUAUACCUAAAGAAAGGAAAUAUCAUAAGAAUUACUUAAGACAAUAAAGUGAUUGGUGAUGAAAACAUCAUUUGCGUAGAUUAAGAUGAACUUUUUACUUAAGCAAAGGUUGGAGAUCAAAUAUUCAUUGAUUAUGGCUAAAUCGUGUUAAAUAUCAAAGCUUUAGAAACAGAUUAGGAGGCUAAAUAGAUUUUAAUGGAAAAAUAUCCAGAUUUGUACCCCACAGAAGCCAUGUUUAAAAAUAGUAUAUUUGAGUAAGAUAAAUCCGAAAAAAGUAAAUUGUAGUCUAAAAGUUCUUUAUCCAGUGAAAAUUCAAGAGGAGCUUCGUCAACACAAUUGUAAUCCAAAAAACAAAAAUAUAUUGAUUAAAUCAUUUAAAAUAAAAAGCAAAAGCUUGCUACAAAAAGUUUAAUAGUUUUCAUUUGUGAAAUCGAAUAAAAUUGUUUAAUGAGACCAUUUAAACCAUUAUUUAUUACAAAUAGGUCUAAAGAAUAAAAAUAGAUUAUAAAACAGUCGGAUGAUUCUGAUGAAGAGAUUGAAACCUAGAUUACUUCUAAAGACAUAAAUGAUUUCACAAUAGCAAAAAGAUUAGAUUUUGAUUCUAUUACAUUGUCAAAUGUAAGUAGACCUGAAGAAGUGCAUGAAUUAAAACACUUGUUGGGUUCUUCAACCAAUAUUCAGAUCUUUGUUAGAAUAACAACAUAGGAAGGGAUAAAUAAUUUUGAUAAAAUAAUGGAAAUUGCAGAUGGUUGUAUAAUUGCUAGAGCUUAUUUGGCAACUUGGGCAUAAAUUGAGGACGUUGUAUAAAUGUAACACGAUAUGAUAUUAAACUGCAGAAAACUUGUUAAACCAGUUUUAAUUUCAACAUAAAUUUUGGAAUCAAUGCUUACUUAGACAAAUCCUACAUUUGCCGAAAUGGGAGAUAUUGCAGAUGUGGUCGAAUAACAUAUUGAUGGUAUUAUGUUAUCUGGAGAAACUACUUAUGGAAAUCACCCUAUUAAGGUUGUGUAAGCUUUAGCGAGAAUUAGCACAAAUAUAGAAAUGCACACCAGAUUGUAAUAUCAGGGAUUAUUUUAAAUUAAAAUUUAAGAGAAUCCCAUAGCUUCCAUUAUAGCUUAAAAUGCAAUUGAGAAUGCCUACAGUCUGCGUGUGAAACUGAUAUUACUGUUUACUACAGGAGAAACAGCCUUAAGUUUAUCAAAAUUGCAUGCUCCUUGUCCUAUAGUUGCAGUAACAGCAAAGAAAACAAUUGCAAGAAAUCUCAAUAUAGUAAAUGGUGUGAUUCCAUUUUUGGUUGGAAGCUUAGUUGGAAUUGAAUAGUAAGAAAAAUCAAUUAAAUUUAAGAUUAACUCCUAGAAUAUUGGAAAAUUUUAAAUAGAAAGGAUGGAUUAAACAAGGAGAUUAUAUUAUUAGCAUAUCUGGGUUAUUUGGAACAUAAGAAGGCAUAAUAAAUUAGAUGACAAUUUUGCUUAUUUGAUUAAAAUUGUUUAUCAUAUAGAAAGAAUGUUCUUUUGUAAAACUAUAAAAUCAUAUGUAUAUAUAAAUUAUUUCUAUAUUAUGUGUUUCAAAUUGUGUCUUCUUUGCUUUUAAGCUAUUUUGAUAAUUUGUUCUUGUAAAAUUAAUGAAAAUUAGUUUAUAAAAUCUUAACAUAAUAUUCUCAAAAAUGAGCUAUAACCUUCUUUUAUUAAUAAUCCAUUUUGGAAUAUGCACAGAAAAAUGGAUUUAAUAAGGCACCUUUGGACUUCAAUAAUUAAACAUACUCAAUAAUAAUUAUGA